ACCAGGGUUCUACACAGAAUUGCAAUAGUACAGAAGACAUCUGAGAGACAGCUACAGGAAUAUAAGAAAGCAAAAACAACUGCCGAUCUUCUUCUCUCUUCAUGGAGACAUCUGCCACUGGCCAUUGAACCUCUAUCUGGAAGAAUCACACUCUCAUCAAUCAAGGAGAAGCUUCACUCUUCAAUACGUCUCUGCAAUGGAUUCCAUCCACGCGUUGCAUCAAACACUUUUCGCGUCACCUGCUCAACCAAUCUUGUUUCCCGCUGGAGCAGAUUUCGAUUUAGCUCAUUUUUCUUUACCAAUAUCCUAAUGGUGUUAAUGCCAAAAUUUGUAAAUCCAAGGCUGGAGUCAUUCGAUUGAGAAAUAAAACCGAGAAAUAACGAAACCCUAAAAAAUAGAAGACAGGUUUGACGCCAUGACCAGGCAUAUGCAUUUCACGAGUAUUUUGACCACGUACUCUGGUCACCAAAUCAAAUAAUUGGAGUUUCCAUAUAGAACACCAAUUUGUUGAGACCAUGACCACCCUAUACAUCCUCCCUGCUCACCAUCAUCAUAACAUAACCCUCCUCAUCCCAACAUGUCUGACGCGGUCCCCGUGGUUUUUCUUCCCCAUAUGGCCCACUCGCCGCGGUGUUUUGUUUAAGCUUAGCUCACUUUCCCGUCCUAAACCCGGCUGCAACUUGAGCUCAACACUCUUUCCCAGCCUAAAGAAAGACCUAAAAACAACCCAGACCCAGGGCAUCCCCUAUUCCCCUUUCCCCAAUUCCACCGCUCCACAUAUAUCCACCACCAAGUACAUCCCACUCCCCUGUGUUCGUUCCAAAUCCAAUUUCAGCUCACACUAGCGAAGAAGCCGUGGGCAGGGGAAGAGGGUUCUUUGGGGAGAGGAGGCGAUUCGGCCGGAUCCAUGUCGGUGACGUGGACGUCCGUGGCGGCGGCGGCGACCAUGCUGGCGGUGGCGGUCACCGUCUUCACCAUCUUCGUCGCCUGUUUCUACUUCUGCUCCAAGCGCUACCGCCGCGCCGUGCCUAGCAUCGGCGGCGGACCGGAGGCCGUGGGCCGAGGGCGGCCCAUAUUCGUCUUCGGCCGCGGGAGGGGGCUGGACGAGGCGGCCAUCGCGGCGCUGCCGCAGAGGGAGGUCGCGGAGGGGGAUCCGCCCGCGGACUGCGCCGUCUGCAUCGCGGAGCUCGCCCCCGGGGAGACAGCGCGCCUCCUGCCGCUGUGCGGUCACGCGUUCCACGUGCUGUGCGUCGACAUGUGGCUCCGGUCGCACUCCACCUGCCCGCUCUGCCGCCGCGCGGUCGUCGACGAGAAGGUGGUGGUCGUCGUGCAGCAGCCGGAGGCAGAUCCGGAGUCGCCCAACUUCCCCACCAACGUGCUCUUCUUCGGCUCCUCCGCGCAGUCCCAGGCCGCCGCCACAACCAGCGGCGCAACGGAUCCGCGGGCGCCGCCACAGCCGGCUCAGGGACCGAUCGCCGGCGUGGCGGCCGUCGUGGAGGCGGCGAGAGCAGCGGCCUUCCGGCGGUUACUCGGCCGCAGGCAGACCGUGACGCCCCCGAUACCACCGCCGCAGGCAGACCGCGACAUGGAGAUUGGACGACUCGACGGCGGGGAGGGCUGCUCGCAUUGCCAUGUGCCAACGAAGCCACAGCCAGGUUCUUAAUUGAUGCCCCAUGCUUGUUGCUCCGUCCGAUCUUGUUCGUGUCCUGCCCUGCACCUCUCCUUGUUGAGCCAUCGAGGCAUCAAAGGAAGCAAGUGUAUAUAUUCCCCUUUCUCCUCCUCUCCUAUGUAUGAUAUGAGCAGCCCCGAUAUAUAGUCUAUGAACAUGAUCUAUGGAUUUAUAUGAUGGGCGACUAUAUGAUCUAUGGGUAUAUGCUGGCAAUUUGAUGUUGGCAAAUCCAUGGUGGAUCUAUGUAGCGGUCCUUAAUUUUGUUGAUGAUAUUUUACUGUCAGUAUAGAGGGAGUCGUUGUUUCAGUA